AGCAUGGCCACCUCCUCGCGGCUGCAGAACGUGGUGCCCCGGCCCGGCUUCUCCGCCUUGCACCGGCUGAGGAGGAAGCGCAGAGGCCAGCGGGCGAAGGACCCUCUGGACGAGCUGCUGCUGAAGACGCUGAGCUCGCAGCGGGCGAUGGAGGAGCGGUUCCUGCAGCUGGAGGAGCGGCGCUUCCAGCGGGAGGCGGAGGCGGAGGAGCGCCGGCUGCAGCUGGAGCAGCGCCGCCUGGAGCUGGAGCGGGAGCACGAGUUCCGCAUGUUCGGCGUCUUCGCCCAGAUGCUCAGCAUCCUCAGGCACAGCCACGGCGGCGCCGCCUGCCCCCCGCCCCCCGCCCCGGCCGCCGUGCCUCGAGGCUUGGACUUCAACCUGCUGCUCGCCGAGGUGAUAGGGAUGGGAGGAGGAGGAGGAGACGACCUGCAAGGGGCGAGGGCUCGGCCGCUUAGCCAGAGGAGGGUGGACCUGCACGGCUUCUGCAGCCCCAGGGACUUCCAGAGGAGCCCCUACCUCUCUGCUCGGGGCAACCUUGCCAGCCUCUUCUGUGGCUCCACUGAGGAGGGCUACAAGGCCUACCACGCUGACAAGUACGAUGAAGACAAGAACCCCAACGGCAUAAUAAACUUCGGCACCAGCGAGAACAAGCUGUGCUUCGACCUGAUGUCCAAGCGGCUGACACAGACAGACAUGAACCUGAUGGAGCCUCCACUGCUUCAGUACCCUGACUGGAAGGGACACAUGUUUUUGCGGGAGGAGGUGGCUCGGUUCCUGACCUACUACUGCAAGGCCCCCACGCCGCUCAAGGCAGAGAAUGUGAUUGUUUUAAAUGGUUGUGGCUCUUUGUUCUCUGCCCUGGCCACGGUCCUCUGUGAUCCAGGGGAAGCUGUUCUGAUUGCCACUCCCUUUUACAGUGGCAUAACCCAGAGUGUCUUCCUCUAUGGUAAUGUCAAGCUGGUCUAUGCCUACCUGGACAGCAAGGUCACUGGAAGCAGCACUCGUCCCUUCCAGCUCACCGUGGACAAACUGGAGGCAGCCCUGCAGGAUGCCCAGGCAGAGGGUGUCUGUGUAAGGGCCUUAAUCCUUCUGAACCCCCAGAACCCCCUUGGGGACAUCUACUCCCUGUCAGAGCUCCGGGACUACCUGGAGUUUGCUAAAAGGCAUGAAUUGCAUGUGAUAGUAGAUGAGAUCUACAUGCUGUCAGUCUUUGAUGACUCAGCCACCUUUCACAGUGUCCUAGGCAUGGACAGAUUGCCCGACCCGCAGCGGACCCACGUCAUGUGGGGCAUCACCAAGGACUUUGCUGUCUCUGGAAUUCGUUUUGGUACUUUAUACACAGAGAACCAAGAUGUGGCCAACGCUGUGGCUUCCCUCUGUUAUUUCCAUGGGGUUUGUGGACCUGUCCAGCAUAAGGUGGCACAGCUGCUUCGAGACAGAGAGUGGAUCAACCAGGUGUACCUGAGGGCCAACCGUGCCCGGCUGAAGGCUGCCCACAGCUACGUGACGGAGGAGCUGCGGGCCCUGGGGGUUCCCUUCCUGGACCGCAGCGCAGGCUUCUUCGUCUGGAUCGACUUCCGCAAGUACCUGAGGAGAGGCACAUUUGAGGAGGAGUUGCUGCUCUGGAGGCGUUUCCUGGACAACAAGGUUCUCCUGUCCUGCGGCAAAGCCUUCGAGUGCGGCGAGCCGGGCUGGUUCCGCAUCAUCUUUGCUGACCAAACCCACCGGCUGCAGCUGGGCAUGCAGCGGAUCCGCAGGGUGCUGGAGGAGCGGGAGCGGGAGCUGCUGGCCCAGGAGGAGCGGCGGCAGCAGCCUCGCCAGUCGGAGCAGGAGGGCAGAGCGGACAGCACGGAGGAGGUGGCGGUGGUGUCCGGGCAGCAGGAGCGCGGCGGCGCCGGCCUGGGGGAGCUGAUCGGCCUCCUGCAGCAGCAGCUGCGCUCCUCCGACUGGCUGCGGAAGGGCUCCGCCGAGCGCUUCGCCCGGGAGGCGCCGGAGACCUGCGAGGUGUUCAGCAAGCUGCUGGGGAAGCAGUGA